AUGGCAAAAACAAUUGUUGUUCUGGUUGCAUUUGUUUUCUUCAUCAUGAAUGUGGAUGGCCGUAAAGUUCCGGAAGGUGCUAGUAGGCAGGGGGAGUACCAAACCCUAGAACGGGCAGCUUCACCGGUGGCAGAACCACCAUGCAGAGGCGGCGUUGACGACCAAAAGAACAUCUUCGGCGGGGUUGGGGGUUUUACAGGCAUGGGAGGCUACAUUGGAGGGUUGUUUCCACAUCUUGGUGGGGUUGGGACAAUCGGCAAGUACGGAGGAAUUGGUGGGGGCUUUGGAUUUGGUCACGGUGGCUUCGGAGCCGGAGUUGGUGGCGUCGGUGGCGUAGGUGGUGGCGUUGUGCCAUUUCCUUGA